AGAUUACCAUACAUUUCAACAUGAAUACGGUGGCAUCAACGUUAGCUUUACUCUGUAUUAUCUUUAUUUGUACAGCAUCUGCUUGUGAUGAAAAUAUGUGUGCGCGAUUUUGUACUUCGGUCAACUGCCCAGCAUUUAGUUGUGGCAAUACAAAGGAAUGUACUCAAGGAUGUUUGGGUAGAACGUGCUCUGGAAUGACAUGUGAUAAAACGGCUACAAGUUGUAGCCAGUUUUGCACCAACUGUACAACCGAAAGGAUGUUCUGCUCGUCACCUAUCUGUAAGCAAUCGUGUAAAGCAGAUUUCUGUCAUAUGGAAUGUGCCUCAACUGUUAGAACCUGCCAACAGGUUUGUGAAGCUAAUUCAACGUGUAACAUAACUUGCCAUAAUGGCACAACAGAUUGUCAGUUAUCGUGUAAUAAUAACUCAAUCUGCAAUGGGCUGCCAGAAAAACCAAAAACCAAAAACUUGUGUGACGAACGGACAGGGAACUGUACAAAAACGUGCACGGGUGAUUGCGGGAAGACUACUCUUUCAUGCGGCGAUGGAUUUAAAGAGUGUAAUUUAAGCUGCGAAGAAGGAUGUAAAAUGGUGUGUGCUAAAACUGUCGAGAAAUGCGUCCAGAAAUGUAUUGGUGGAAAGCCGUGUACGAGUGUGUGUCAUGCUGCAAGUUGUCAGACGAUUGGAAAAUUCCAUACCCCCUCUUCUGCAGUGGUUUGUCAUUUGAAUAAUUUCAUGUUUGUGUUUGCAUGUAUCAUGAUUUUUCAGCUGAAGAACCUUUAAGUGACACUUUUGCAUGUGCCGCUAUACAUAUGUACUGUACGUUGGUAUUUUAGUUAUUGAUUGAUUGAAUUUGUUGUGUUUACCCUUAACUUGCAUCGAACGAACGCAGUGUCUCGCAGCAAGCUGAGGGCAGAAGUGGAAAAGGUUUCGUAACUUGUGAAUGCAGUUCCUAGAAAUGUUUGGGGGGUCUACAUUUUUGCAAAAAAUUUCAGUCAUUUUUUAUGUUUGAUUGCUAAUUUUGAAAAUUGUAUUGAUUGAAUAUCUAAUUUACUAUUAGUACCUGAUUUUUGAAGUGAUUGAAUACCUCAAUACCUAAAUUACAGCGGAACAGUUCGGAACGAAAAUGUUCAAUGUUCAUAUAGCCUGCAGUGGGAAAUAUGUUUUUGUUAUCAUGCAAGACUGUAACUAGCUAUAAAGGUUCCAGGAAAUAAGAAAGAACUUUUCCACUUCUGGCUAGCAAUUAAAAAUGACCAUUACUUAAACCUUAACUAACAGUGAGUGGCGUAACUCCAAAGGGCUAUGCCUGGCAAGAGCCUUGAGGCUCUUAUAUAUUAUAUGUUCCAAAUUUUGACGUGUAAUAAUUGGUAAUUUCAAAACGGCUUCAUAAAAAUACUCUAUGCAAAGUUGCAAUAGUUAACGAAGUAUGAAAGACAGAGUUCCCCCCUUUUCAGUUGAAGAUGAGGGGCCAAUGGGCCAUUAUAGCACACAAAAUUACGCCACUAUUUAUUAAAUUUGGGUUUGCUGAUUGAUAGAAAAAAUCCUGCACUGAUGGAUUUCACUGUUACUGUAUCUUAGAGUCAUAACACUGUAAAAUACAAAUUUGUUAAAACAACCAAAAAAUUGGUUAUCUCAGAUUCAUUUUUAACUGUUUACAAUGCAGGGUUAAUGAUAUGGGCCAUAGCUAGCAAAUAUUAUAUGAACUUCAAAGUUGCAAGCCAAGGCCCUUGUCCGGUAGUUAGGCCACUCGCUUUAGGGUUGAUAUCUUUUUUGUGUACCCGAGACCGCGAAAUGUAUUUGUAAUCGGAGCCUUUAGUCUGCACGAAAAAGCGAAAUCAAGACGUGAUGGGCCGCGAAUUUCUAUAAUUGGCUGAUCCGGCUCAGUCCUUCGUGACCUCGUGUAUUUUCUCCAAUAAAAUUUACUACAAUCAAUAGUGACUAAAGGCCUUUAUCAUCACUGCGUUUAGUUAAAGAUAAGUCUAUUUUGAUCUUCUGUUUCUAAAAGUUUUGGAAAAUGAGCCUGCAAGCAACUUACUUCGAGUAUUUGUGAUGUGCCUGCGACCAGCGGUCCCAACUAACUUCCCGACGAAGGGAUUCGCUCGAAAGGCCCAAGUUCUGUUUAUAUUUUUCACAUAGUUGUAUCUCUAACAACAACAAUAGACCUUAUGCAUAAUGACGUCACAAGGCUUGAAGCCCGCGAGGAAUGCUGGUCUUAAUAGUCAUCGCCCGGGAAAAUUUCGAUAGUGGCCAUUUUGAAUUGUUUAAUUUUCCCUGGCGAUGACUACCAAAACCAGCAUUCUUCGCGGGCAUCAAGCCUUGUGACGUAAUUAUGCAUAAGGUCUAUUUAUGUUUGUAAACAUACGUACUUGUGUGAAAGAACUCCUAAAUCGAAGCCUUAGUUGAUUAAAAUUGCUAUACGUUUUUCUGGCUAGGAAUAGAAGAUAUUCCAGUUUACAUUUUUUGAUGAUUUCAUCUAUUUUGAUCAGUGAGCUGUAUGGACUCUGGCGUGUGUGAUCCAUUGGUUACCCUGGUCCUAGAGGUUCUUGCCGCCGUAUGUUUGUACGAAGGAGCGGCGGAAGGAACCACUGGUGGCCCAGGCUCUGUGGGUAUUUAUUUAUUUAUUUUUUAAUUUUAUUAUAUUUUGCACUAAACAUGUACUGUAAAUUAUAAAGUAUAACUUACUUAGUUUUCUUUAUGUAUUAUGUGUGAUUUGGGGGUGGUUUUAGUUUG